AUGUUAACACCUAAACAAUGUGGAGGCAUUAUUACUGCCCAUCAUCUUGGUAAUUCAAAUCGUGAAAUUGCAAAAGUUAUUAAAUAUGACUAUAAGACUGUUGAAAAUAUUCUUAAAUAUUAUUUUAACGAACUUUGUAAAGCAUGGGAAAAAGAAGAAGGGCAAAAGAUGCAUCCAAGAAUGAUGACCUGUGUUUUACAUAAAAUUGGGUUUAUAUCUUAUAUUGCUUAUACUAUUCCUUUUUGUAAAGAUAGCCAUAUUAUUGCAAGAUAUAACUGGUGCAAAGAACAUAAAGAUUGGGUAGUAAAAUGUAUAUGGCGUAAAGUUGGUAAAAGAUUAGACCCAUUCUGUUUUGCACCUGUUGCAAAAAAUGCAUUUUCUAAAGAUGGAAUUUAUCAACAUGAUGGAGCUUCUGUAUAUACUUCUAAAGUUACAAUUAAAUUUCUUGACAGGAAAAAUAUUAGAAUAUUUUCUUGGCUUACUAAAAGUCCAGAUCUCAACCCUAUAGAAAAUUUAUAG